GUACCGUCUUCUGGAAGAUAUUGUAUUGAAACUUUUGAUCCCAGCUUAAAUACAGUGUAUGAAUUUAUGUGGUUUUCAUGAUAUCAUCUACCUUGUAUUGUAUGUAUCACCGAUAAAUUUAUGUAUAUAUACUAUAUAUACAAUAUGCUUGCUCAUAUAUUUUUAGCUUUUAAAGUAUAUAAAUAUGAAUGUUAAUGCUGAUGUCCAAGAAAUCAUCGAAUACCUUGAAUCUAAUGACCUGGAAAUUGUGAAUUAUUUUAAAAAUACAGUUCAAGAAAAACUAUAUGCUUCCCGUGAUCAUAAUCUCUUGGGUGCAAUAACUGACCGAUACAUCCAAACAAAAUCUGAUAGACUGCUAGAGUUACUAAUCAGCAUUAAUGACACUCAUGCCAUGUAUUUAUUUGAUAAGCUAAACGACCACCUAAAGCAUGGACAACUGACCGAAGUUUGCACGCUUCUUUUCUCAAUUGUAAGAAAGCAGAAUGAAUCUGAUAUUGUCUUUAUCAUGAGUGGGAUUAUUAUAUUAUGUACAUUGAUCCCAUGUAUUCCAGCAAUCAUCAGAUCAUACCAUGGAGAUAUCUUGGAAGUAUUUGUAAGGACUGCUGGCUUUAUACUUAACAAAUCAGGUCAAAUUCCAGAAGUUUGUAUUCUUCAUCUUCACAUCGGUGUUUACAUUCUCUUCCAUCGACUUUAUGCCAUGUACCCAAACAACUUUUUAUCAUACAUGAAAUCUUGUUUUGCUGGCUCACAAAAAAAAGAUCCUGUAUUUCAACUUGUUAUCAAGCCAAUGUUUGAAUUCGUAAAAUUUCAUCCGGAUUUGAUCACAGAAACACCAAAAUCUGAAACCGGUUUGGAGAAAUGGAAAGUUUUUCAACCACAUGAUGUUUUGGCCGAUUGUCAAAAGAUAUCACUGGAUCCUGUUGACUCUGUUAAAGAAGCUAAUUAUGCAGUGUAUUCUCAUCAGGUGGCACAAGAGACAUCAUAUCGACCCUUAAAAGAUUCGGGCCUGUAUCUUGGUUUAAGUUCUAUUUUUACUCAGCCAGAGACUGAUCUCUAUAUAACACCAAUAAAAAGGAACACUGUAGACAAUACAGUAGAUCCUAAACCACUAAUUAGCGACAAUGCCGCCCUGUGCAACCCCUCCGACGUCUGUGGACUAACCACCCCACCAUGUUCAAGACAGUUAUCACCUAGUAAUAGCACCCAAGACUUAUCUUCACUUUACAAGCAAAACCACACUGAUGUGCAUUUGCGUGACAGUAUUUCAAAUUUGAAUGAGCUCCCUAGUAACCGUAAGUCAUCGAGUGAUACUGCAUCAGUUCACAGUAAUACCUCACCAGGCCUAAAAAGAACAGACAUUAAAAAGACUCAAAGUUUUGGAUCAUCUGAUAAUGUUAAUCAUAAAAACUUAUUAAAAAGUUGGCUUCCCAACAGUGCAAGUCAUUCCACUCCUGUUGAAAAGGAAUUAUUGAGAGCUCGACAAUCAGCACCUGCCUCACCGAAAAGAGGAAGCAUUAACAAAGGACAACAAAAUCAUAAACUGCAUUAAAACCAGGUUGUUUAAAUAUUGUCUCUUUUUAACCUCUCUUUGCCUCUUUGAUUUAGGGAAUUUAAUACAAAGAUACAAAUCCAUGCGACGUGAUGCACAGGUAUAUUUCGUGAGAUUUUUAAAAAUCAAGUCAUUUUUAAGAAAUCUUAGAAAAAUAUUUUGUGAUACUUUGGGUUGAUCUCAAGAAAGAUUUUCAAGCAAAUUAGGCCCAAGGAGAACUGAUAAUUAGCCAGUAACAGAAUAGUUAACCGUUUUCAAUGGAGCCAUAGCUUGGUGGUUAUAACUCUGGCACUUUGUGCGGGAGAACAGGGUUCGAUUCCUCUUGGCGCAAUUCAAUAUUAUGCUACCAUAGCCCAGACUAGAAUCCCUAUCUAAGCUAUGACACUUUCCUGGAAAUAAUAGACAGGAUUUGUAAGGCUAGCCAUAUAAAAUAUACAGACAUUCUAUUUAUCUAUGCAGAAUAAUUAUAUAUACGGUGCGUACAGUAUAAUUAGCCGCUUAUACAGCUACUUAUAUAUCUUUUUACUUAAAUUUUCACUUUUCUUCGUUAUCGAUCUCCCCAUAGCCAGCUAUAUUUACAUAGAUCAACAUAAAGUUGUGCUUCAAUCAAAACCAAGAAAAAGAACAAGAAACGAUUUUGCAAAAUAGAUAUAAUUUUACUGUAGC